CAACGGCACGUCUAUCGCGCGGUUUUUAAAAAGGCUUCAAACUGAAUGGAAACGUCCGCAGAAGGUCGCAGGGUACGCGGUGCGGAUUUUGUGUCGGGAGGGGUCGCCCGAAACUGUUGCACGCGUUGUGAGAAGGAAAGGUUAGCACCACCGCCAGAUCAAAAUGAGCUACCCAACAACCAGAAGUGACCAUCACAGUGUCAGUAAAAGGCUGCAGACAGAAUUAAUGACUUUAAUGACGUCUGGUGACAAGGGCAUCUCAGCAUUCCCAGAUGGUGAUAACCUCUUCAGCUGGGUCGCCACCAUCUCUGGAGCCGCCAGCACGGUGUAUGAGGGCCUGGAGUUCAAGCUGCGGCUCGACUUCUCCAACAACUACCCGUUCUCGGCGCCGGUGGUUCGCUUCACGUCGCCCUGCUUCCACCCGAACGUCGACACGCAGGGCAACAUCUGCCUCGACAUCCUCAAGGAGAAGUGGUCGGCCUCCUACGACGUGCGCGCGCUGCUGCUCUCCAUACAGAGUCUGCUCGGAGAGCCGAACAACAACAGCCCGCUGAACGUGCAGGCGGCCGACAUGUGGAGCGACCCCACGCGCUUCCGCGAGAACGUGCUGGAGCGGUGUGCCAGCUGUGUGCGCCACCCGUGAGCCGCGACUGCCGCUCUAGGUACCAGUGGGCCAUCUCACCCCAUCCCCUCCCUCCCCCUGUUCGGUGACCCACCGACGGGGGCGAGCUCGUGAGGCCGCGGCUCCGGCCUGGCGGCAGCGGCGGCUGAGUCCAGAUUAUACCACUGCUCAGUCUACAGUGUGCUGGCGCCAACUGCGGGGGAUGACUCCACCGGGAAUCUUCGUGCUCUGAUGUAAUACUCCGCAUUGGUUUUGAUGCAGGAGCUUCGUCCGUCUUCGUUUCAUCGCUAAAUAGACCAUAUGAGUUGACGUAGUCAUCGGGCGUAACGUGUCUGUCGGCGUGGAUUUGGUUUGAGAGGCACGCAGGGCGUGUUUUUGGGUGUGGUGCUGGAGUUAAGCUUGUAACCGAUUCACGGCAUAGGUAGCUCAUGGUACAAGCGCGCUCGAAUCAAAUGCACGCGACGUCUGACAUUUGGAGAUGGGCCAGGGAACUGCAUGUGUGCAUAAAUGAACAUCUAGCGGCGAAUUUGGUUGUCGUACUUCAUUUCUUCCUAGCGCCCUACUGACGAUGCUGUGCUGCUGACUCCAAACACCGUGUUGGGCUUCGUGAAACAUUUUGUGCGCGGUCUGGUUUCUCACGGGCUCCUCGAAACAUCUUACCGCUUUUUGUAAUAGAUGCUGUCGAUCUGAAUCGGACCUCCAGCCUGCGUGCCCCACAUGUCCUGGGCCGUCUCAGCCGUCUGCUGUCUUCAAUAAACAGAGUACUGUGGGCUCA